UACAGCAUUCAAAUGCUGUCACCCUUUAACAACAAUGACGAGUUCACAGCGGGUUGGAAAUCCUUCUUGAAGUUCGCCAUUGCAGACAGGUGUAUUUUACCCCUCGGCAGCAGCGCGAACUCUUCGUGCGUUAACCAAGUUGACCGUGAUGCACCAGGUGGGGAAGUACUCCCCGACACGAUUCCUUACGCUCGAAACGCCGAUAACGGUGCUGGGAAUGGUUCAUAAAUCUUCAACCUUGCGGACGGAGCUAGACAGCUUUUCCAAGGGAUACGACGGCGUGAGUGGGACCACCACAUCGGAGGAAACGCUUUCGCCGCCGAUCGCCAAGAUGCGGAUGUCCAAGGGCGCGAAGGUGAAGCGGCGGUAUCCGUCCCCGCAGCCCAGGAGCAUCGGGAGCCUCGAGGCGGUAUGGAACGAGGGCGGGGAACGCGCUAAGCAGAGCCCGGACGGCCGCGCUUCGUCGGCGGUCUACUCGGAUGCUCACACCCGGAGCAGAUCCGACCCCAUGUACGCAACACGGUACUCGGGGGAACUGCAGGUCAACGGCCAAGCGGGAGGACAGCCGCCCAGGAGCAGAAAGAGAGUCCUCCAUCCAGAUGUGAGGACCAUCUUCUCCCCCGAGAAGGACCCCCGGGUGAAGGAGGAGACGGGCGAAGGGCACUGCUUCGAGGCGAGAGAGGCGGCCACCUGGUGUGACUUUUGCUGCGGAUACAUCCUCAUCGACUGUCGGAUUUGCUCAGGUUGUAAAUACACGUGUCACUCUCAGUGUCAACACCGGGUGGUGCUAGACUGCCAGCCCGGGCAUGGCUCCACCACAGAGACCCCCCUCAACCAAGACCAGCUCAAUAACAACACACAGCUGACUAAUGUGGAGAAGGAGAGGGAGCGUCGCACCCAGCUCAGCAGUGAGGAGAUCAGGCAGAAGGUGGAGCAGUACAACGCUCUCACCAAGGACCACCUCAAAAUGACACUGAUCCCCAACGGUGAGUACACGGGCUUCAUCAAGGUGCAGCUGGAGCUGAAGAGGCCGGUCACGGUGCGGGGGGGCACGGGGCCCGAGGCCGGAGAGGAGGCCUUCUACCUCCCGCAGGGAGCCGCCAACACCCUCCACGUCAGCUCGGAGAGCACCGUCAAACAGGUGAUCGUCGCCCUGUUGAGGAAGUUCACAGUCGCAGACAACCCGGCGAAAUAUGCCCUCUACAAGCGCUACAGCAGAGAGGAGCAGGUGUACGUGUGUAAGCUGGCGGAGGUGGAGAAGCCGCUGUACCUUCGCCUUGUGGCCGGACCCGACGCCGACACGUUUGGCUUCGUCCUCCGAGAACAGCAGACUGGCGAGGUCAUGUGGGACGCCUUCUCCAUCCCGGAGCUCUGCAACUUCCUGCGCUUCCUGGAGAAGGAGGAGAAGGAGCAGGAGGAUGCCAUCAGGCGUCGCUAUGACAACUACCGCCAAAAGCUCCAGGAGGCCCUGCAUGCCCCCCCGGGGGCGCCGUAACUACGAGGAGAGGAAUACAACAACGACAACGACUAAAAACUAUAAUAUAAAACAUGACUACUGAAGCCUAGCGGGCUGGCGGACUCUGAUGGCGACGACGGGAUUGGCUAGCGUGGACGGAAGCGUCCGUUCCCAUUGGAGGACUAAGGAUCCCACCCACCCCCCCCCCCCCCCCAUGAACUGCUGGCGGAGGAGGUCAUCCUACUGGAGGAGAGGAACGAAGCUGACGGAGGAGAGACGAAUCACGCCUGGGGUGUAUUGCUUUAAACACCGCCAUCACCUCCCAUCUCCACAGAGGAGAUGGGUGAACUGGGGUCGGGGGCAGUGAUGCCCUCUGCUGUGUGGCUGAUGGUGGUGGUGGUGGUGGUUGUGGAGGAGGCUGCCAAGACAUUGGUUCGGUGCAAACAGAGGAGGCCUUUCGUCCACACGCAACAUACCAAAGAAUCACGCUCGCUAUUAUCACUGUGCCAUAUUGGGUUAUCUUCCCUGGACUCUCUCUCUCUCUCUCUCUGCGACGGCUCUAUCCCACCCAACCCCAACUCUCUGCCGUCUCAUCUGCAAUCAUUAUGCAAUCUUUCGUUGUGUGUUGUUGUGUUUUCUUAGGAUUUUAUUUCCUCCUUUGAACGGAGAGAUCCUCAAUCCUAGGAUGUUUUACAUGUUUUAUUUUUCGGUUUUAUUUAAGUGUCACAUUUUUGUACAUAGUCUUCUGUUAAUUUAUGUCUGCGGAGAUCUGUUCUUUUUGUGUCGCAAAGAAAAGUCUUAUUUUAUUUUUUAGCUCAAAGGCGUAGCAACAAUCUGAAACGUCUUGCUUGAGGCCGAGCGCACAGUGUCGCUAGACCGUCACACUCUGUGCCGUAGAGAGAGGGCGGAGCCAGAAGCUAUCCUUCUUCACAAUCGAUUUGAAACGGGCAGUUUGCCGAUGCUACUUUAAACUGGACAGGUGUUUGGCCGAAUCGGCCCAUGAGGAGGCAAAGGAGGAAAAGUUGGUCUUUGGCUUUGAAUGUUGAGAUAGGGUGGAGACGAUGUGGUGUGAUCAGAGCCCCGUGGAGUGGAAUACUAAAGUCUGGAACAAAAUAGAAAAACAGGGGCGUUGUCAGCAGCUUGUCAGCUGCAGGUGGUUUAGUGAGAUGAGGAAUGAGAUUUAAGUCUCUGUGGAAAACAUGUGUGCCCUAAAGGGUUGAGAAGGUUGUGCAUCAGAGGCAGAACAGUUAAACCAAGCGGUCCUCAAUGUGGUAGCAGCACGGUAGAGGGGCAGAUGAUGAUAUACUCAGAGUGCAAAGGUUAACGGUAGAUGGAAAUAGGGCCCCUCGUGUCAAAAACGUGUGCUUUUUGUUGUUGAGUCACAAGAAGGUAUUGGAUGUAUGUUGGUAUGGAUUAUGGUCUCCUCGUAACGUCAAGACCUUCACGUGACAUUAGGUGAAGGAGAGGAGGGACAGACGAAAGAGAAGGUUCUUGUAGCAGGAAGUUGGUCAUUUGACCGAAAGGAAGUAGGAGAGGAACUUUGGGAAAUGGGUAUGAGAAGGAAAUGAGGAAAGACAGACAGAAGACUCGCGUUAAAGAGCAAAUUAUGCAAAAAUUAGAUGACGAGGAGUUUUGAAAGGGCUGAAUCGAGAGAUGUGAUGAGAACUGGACAGUCGUUGAGAACUGGACCCUUUUGCUGAUGUGCUUGGUUCGACUAAACCGAGAGUGACGGCCUGGGGCAUGGGGUGGUGGAGUCCCCAACAUCCCAUGGAUCAGCAGACUGCUUCAGCUGUGUGACCCCUCUUGGGGGGGGGGGGGGGGGGGGG